CAAAGUGUUUAACAGUGAGCAGUUGGUUUAACGGAGUCUAAAUUUGAAAAAGAAAAACGUAUUUUGAAAUAAAUUUAAAAACAAAAUUCUAAAACAAUGAAGUGCUGGAGUCGUUCCACCCUUGGUGUCGUUGUUGGCAUCCUAAAUAUCCUAGUCAACUUGGCUUGUAUCAUUUAUUCAAUCAUCACUUUGGGAAAUAUAAAUGCAAUUGGGCCUACGACUCAACAGCAGAGAGAAUCCAUCAGCCUGUAUAAUAAAGUAUUUAGUGUAAUAUUGGUAGUAUGUGUUAUAAUGGCCAUUGUAUCUGGUAUAUUCAUAAGGGGUAUCAUAAAGAGACGUCACAAAUUGAUGAUGCCCUGGCUGAUACUUAGUGGCAUUGGUUUUGUUCUUAAUUGUGGACAAUUCUUAUUUACUUUUAUUGGUACUCUAUUCCAAGGCUACCCUCUGAGCCAUAUUGUAAUUACUUUGAUUGUGGGUUUAUUGAGUAUUGGUAUUUCAGCCUUGAUAUUAUGGCCCAUUUUUACCUUAUUUGGCGAUAUACGCAAGAAAAAUACUGAACAGAUUGGUCGAGUAACGGACGGUAGACAAGCGGAAUACCACCAAACACCAACCUAUUAUAAUAAGGCAUAACCCAGAAGGUUUUCAAAAUGCUUAUUAGUUUUAUAACGAUUUAUUAUAAUGCAUUUUAAAUAAUUUAAGUGUCUUUAAAAUUUAAUAAAUUAUGUUAAAUUAUAUAA